AUGGCUAGGGCUCAAUCUCAAUGCACCCAACACAGAUCUCAAACAGAGGGAUGCUCAAAGCAUGGUGGAGAUUUUGUAAGGUUGGAUGAAUCUAUGAAUGCUGCACUACUAAAGGCACAAGAAAGAAAGAUAGAUAGAUUAAAUAUAGAGAUAGGACGCAUGGAAGCAAGUCUAGGAAGAUUGCGUUCUGAUUUUACAUUGCUCCAACAACAAAUUGGCAGAGUGGAGAGUGACAUGAAGAAGCAGAAACAAUUGCAGAAGAUGAUAUUGAGUUUUGGUCCAGAUUUUGCCUUCCUCACACCUAUCUUAAGUCUUCCACUGCGCCUCACACCAAAAAUUUUUGUCUUAGGCAGUGGUGGAGCUGUGGACCUUGUUGGAGCUGGUGCAGGUUGUGGUGGAUCUGCUGGAAGAGGCACUGGUGGAGCUGUGGAAUUUCUUGGGUCUGGUGGAGGUAGUGGUGGAGCUAGUGCAGUCACUAGUGGAGCUGGUGCAGUCACUGGUGGAGGCAGUGGUGGAUCUAGUGCAGUCACUGAUGGAGGCAGUGGUGGAUCUAGUGCAGUCACUGGUGGAGGCAGUGGUGGAGCCGGUGCAGCCGGUGCAGGAGGCAGUGGUGGAUCUAGUGCAGUCACUGGUGGAGGCAGUGGUGGAGCCGGUGCAGUCACUGGUGGAGCAGAAGGAGUAGCAGAUCUAGAUUUUCCAGGCACAAUUGUUGUCCAUGAUCACCCUUCAGAUGGCAACCAUCAAGUCCAAUAA